AAUCGUCUUAGUGUAUAAGUUACCUCCCUUUAGUAUAAACAAGUAUGGAUAAAACUAGAAUUUCCGUAGAAAGUUUUGUUUCUAAGACACUUCAACUUCUGGAAAAAGAGAGGACCUCAGAAAUUGAAGAGACAAGGUCAUUGACAGAGAAGUUGCCAUCAAAAGAGCUUCAGCGUAGAGGUGUGUGCCUGUUGAAGCUACAUAUAAGCAGUAGGAAGACAGGCCUGUUUGGCAGAGUUAUCAUCAGUUUUGAGACCCAUCUUGAAGCCCUUCCUUCCAACAGCUUCUCACCAGGUGAUAUCAUUGGUUUAAACACAUCACAGGGAGACAACCAAUCAGACAGCCUUGGAUCAGGUCUUGUGACUAAAGUUAGCCAAUCAGCUGUCAGUGUAGCAUUUGAUGAGUCACAAGACCUCUUUUCAUUGGAUGAUGGGCCUAGUGAUUAUUACAAACUAACAAAACUGGCUAAUGAUGUCACUUAUAAAAGGCUAAAGAGAACUCUAGGAAAUCUGUCAAAGGUUCAGCGUGGGGAGUGUGCAAACUUGGUGUCUGUGCUUUUUGAUGAACAGCCCCUCUCGCCUCCAAACAAUAUACAAGACUUGAAGUUUAUUAAUGAGAAUCUAGAUGAGUCGCAACAAGAUGCCGUCCAGUUUGCUCUGGCACAGAAAGAGUUAGCAGUGGUUCACGGGCCACCAGGUACAGGGAAAACUACGACAGUUAUUGAGAUUAUACUACAGGCUGUUAAACAUGGAAAUAAGUCAUCAACUGGUACGCUCACCUCACCCCCACCUCCCACAUGCCAGAUGAAAUUGUCAGCAACUGUAAAACUAACAGAAAGACUUGUCUGA